GAACUUUUUUAAGUCAAAUUAGCUGUAAGUCGAACUAAUUUGUCCGAUGAAAGAUCACUUGAAUCACAUGCCAUUGAAAGAAAUGAAAGUCACGCUGUUGCGGGAGGGGAAAUACGAGGAGCUGGAAGAAGGACUGCAUGAUGUCGACUGCUCCGUGACUCUCAUUGAGUUUGGCAAGUUCAACAUUCUCUACGACACGGGAGGUGCGUGGGCUCUCCCCGAGCUACUGGGGUCGCUCGCAGCCUCAGGGUUGUCGGCGGAGGACAUCACGCAUGUCGUUGGUUCCCAUGGGCAUUCGGAUCACAUUGGCUGCCUUUCGGCAUUUCCCAACGCGUAUCAGUUCCUUGGUGGCGACGCCAACCUGCGCAACAAGUACUCGACUGUGGAGCCUUCUGAAGCGAACGCCAUCGAGACAGCUCGAUUCUUUCGCGACGAAAUGUUCACUCGAGGAAAGUUCUUCCACUGGGGUGAGCAUGGCAUUGCCCUCGAUGACCCUCGUGGCAUCGAUGGCAGCAUACGGCUGGUCAAGACUCCCGGGCAUACCAGCCAAUGCACGUCGCUCCUCCUUGAAUCCCCCCAAGGUGGAAUCCAUUUUGCAGGGUCUGCCUUCACCCGCCUUGCCAUUGUAGGUGAUCUGUGGGACUGCCUCGACGACGAAGACUACUACCGGGCGAUCUCCGAGCAGCCUCUUGUCCAAGAAAACACUCGUGCGUUCGUGCUCAAGUGGGGUCCCGAUCGAAUCAUUCCCGGCCACGGCGCGCCGUUUGCCCCGUCCGAUCUGAGCGUUACACAUUAGACAGUUAAUACUACCAAACAAACAGUUUCGCCAUCCA